AUGGGUGGCGCUCACAGUCGCGACGAACUUCUCGACAGUUCCGAUUCGGAGUACGAGGAAAGUGAAAACGAAGCAAGUUACGAAGAUGCUAACGAAGGAAGUUCCGAGGGAAGAGUCAAAACUCCUUCAUCAAUCGAUGACGUUGAUGCCAAACUCAAAGCCCUCAAGCUCAAAUACUCCACUAAAAAUCCAAACCCUAACAAUGUUAAGCUUUAUCUCCAUAACUCUGUUGACUCCAAAUGGGAGAUUUACGAGAAAUUAACCACUUACUCGUUUGUUAAAACUUGUAGUGUUGAGGGGGAUAGUGAUGAGGAUGAGGAAGAUGAUGAUGGUGAAAAGGGUUUCUGGGUUUUGAAAGUUGGUUCUAAGAUUAGGUCAAAGGUUGGGGCGGAAAUGCAGUUGAAAACCCUAGUUGAUCAGCGUCGUGUGGAUUUUAUUGCGAAGGGUGUUUGGGCUAUGAGAUUCUUCACGGAGCAGCAUUAUGAAGCCUUUUUGGUUCAGUUUCAGAAUUGUACAUUUGAGAAUACGUAUGGAUUUGAGGCGAUUGAUGAGAAUAAGCUUAAGGUUUAUGGGAAGGAUUUUAUUGGGUGGGCGAAUCCUGAAGCGGCGGAUGAUUCCAUGUGGGAGGACGCUGAUGAUAGCUUCUCCAAGAGCCCUGCUUCAGCCACCCCGGUUCGGGCGAGUCAGGAUUUGACAGAGGAGUUUGAGGAGGCGGCAAAUGGUGGGAUUCAAAGUCUGGCGCUUGGUGCUCUAGACAACAGUUUUCUUGUUGGCGAAAAUGGUAUUCAAGUUGUGAAGAAUUUCGCACAUGGCAUUCACGGUAAAGGUGCUUUUGUGAAUUUUGGUGGUGGUUCUGCAUCUGCUUCGAAAUUGGUGCAAUCUACUCCCAAGAAAACGCUUCUCAUGAAAGCUGAAACCAGCAUGCUUCUGAUGAGUCCAUUGAAUGAAAGUAAGCUGCGUUCAACUGGGCUUCAUCAGUUUGAUAUUGAGACAGGGAAGGUUGUGACAGAAUGGAAAUUUGGUAAGGAUGGUACUGAGAUUACGAUGAGAGAUAUCACAAAUGAUAGUAAAAGUUCUCAGUUAGAUCCUUCUGGUUCAACUUUUCUCGGAUUGGAUGAUAAUAGGCUUUGUAGGUGGGAUAUGCGUGACCGUCAUGGAAUAGUUCAGGAUCUUGCUGAUUCUAACUCCAAUAUGAGUACACCUGUGUUGAAUUGGGCACAAGGUCAUCAAUUCUCCAGGGGGACAAACUUUCAAUGCUUUGCUACAACUGGUGAUGGUUCUGUUGUUGUUGGCUCACUUGAUGGGAAGAUUCGGUUGUAUUCAAUUAACUCUAUGAGGCAGGCGAAAACCGCAUUUCCUGGACUUGGCUCUCCGGUUACUCAUGUGGAUGUUACUUUUGAUGGAAAAUGGAUUGUGGGAACAACAGAUACUUACUUGGUUGUUAUCUGUACUCUCUUUACCGAUAAAGAUGGAAACAGUAAAACUGGUUUUGCUGGAAGAAUGGGAAAUAGGAUUGCUGCUCCAAGGUUACUCAAGCUCAACCCUCUCGAUUCGCAUUUAGCUGGAGUCAAUAAUAAAUUCCACAGUGCUCAGUUUUCCUGGGUGACAGAGAAUGGGAGGCAGGAGCGUCACAUAGUAGCGACAGUGGGGAAGUUUAGUGUGAUAUGGAACUUCCAACAAGUCAAGGAUGGUUCUCAUGAGUGCUACCGCAGCCAACAGGGUCUAAAGAGCUGCUACUGCUACAAGAUAGUCCUCAGGGAUGAUUCCAUUGUUGAGAGCCGAUUCAUGCACGACAAGUUUGCAGUCACUGAUUCUCCUGAGGCUCCCUUGGUUAUAGCCACACCAAUGAAAGUUAGUUCGUUCAGCUUAUCCAACAGGCGAUAA